AUGAACAGGGGUAAAGCCGUCGUUGGUACCGGGGAGGCUUCGCGGAAGCAGGGGUUGGGUACCAGGUGUCAGGGAUCAAGGAACCCUCCCCCUGGCCUGGCAGUUCUGGCAGCUAGCGUAGCUGUAUCUAGCGUGAAGAUUGAGGGGCCCAAGGGCUUGGAGCUGAAGCGGCAGAGAAUGAGCAGGAAACAGAGGCAAAAAAGCAAUGAAUGGGAACUGAGACCAUGCGGUGACCUUGACCUUGACCUUGACCUUGGAGGUGAUGCCAAUGAUCUUCCUUCGGCCCGUCGAACAAUAGAGGCUUAGGGGAUCAGGGUCGAUUGAUGAUCUGUGCUGGGCUAUUGGCCACGAGAGACAAAGUUUGAGGUUCUGUGCUGUGCAGUAUUAGAUAAACCACUAGGCACAGAUCGCCGGAUGCCAUCACCUCCAAAUGAUGGAUGAGACUUGUCGCUAGGUAACAAUUCCCUAGGUGAGCCAAGUCAAUUUACGAGAAUUGAAGCUCUAUCGAGCUCGACCGCAAUAAUAAAGUGAGGCAUAGUCAGGAGCCAAGUGUCCGGUGCAAGCGCCUCCAUGAGGUUCCUGCUCCGUUAACUCAAAUGACUGGUAG